UCAAAACGAGAAAGUUUUCGUUUCAGGAUGCCCGAGUUGGUGUACGAAGAUACGGUAGGGGACGUAGAAGCGGACCUGGACCUUUGCACAGUCCCGGAUGAUGUCAAGGAAUUUGCGAGGGUCCGGUUGGGAGAGACGCCCGAGAAGAGGAUGGAGAUGCUCGACGAACUGCGCGAGCUUAUCUACGAAAGGGGCGAAUUCGAACCAUUGCGCAUGGACGACGACUACUUGACUCGAUUUCUCAGAGCGAGAAACUACAAACUGGAGCCGACCUACAGGCUGUUGAAUAACUACUGCAACUUCAGGGAAGAGAACUACGAGUAUUAUGACGGCGUAAACCCGAUGAAUUUGUACAGAAUCGGCGACGCCAACAUUUUAAGCGUGCUGCCUUACAGGGAUCAGAACGGAAGGAGAAUCCUUAUCUACAGACUCGGAAAAUGGAUUCCAUCCGAAGUGCCUAUGGAAGAUUUGUUCAAAGCGUCGAUAGCGACUUUGGAAGCCGGCAUCCUAGAGCCGAGGGCGCAGAUCCUCGGCGGUGUGGCCAUCUUCGACAUGGCAGACCUGUCGAUGACACAGGCAUGGUACAUGACUCCGUCCGUCGCCAGCAAAGUUCAAGAAAUCAUGGCGACUAGCUUUCCGAUGAAAAUAUCCGCCAUCCACAUAGUAAACGAGUCGUGGGUAUUCGAGAAGGUCUACUCCAUGUUCAAACCGUUCUUGACAACUAGGUACAAGGAUAUUUUGUUCUUUCAUGGCUCGGAUAUGAACUCUUUGCACAAGCACAUCGACCCGAAAUUCCUGCCGGAAUCUUACGGCGGGAAGAGGCCGGAAUUCCAUUAUGCCGAAUGGUUCCGGAAGCUGACAAAGAAUAGAGCUGUAGUCGAAGCCAUGACCGAGCUUGGAUACAAGACAGAAUACAACGAAGACAAUUCCGACGAAGACGACGUCAAAGAUAAAGACGAGUAGCACGAAGAGACUUUAAUUUUCAAAAACUAAUGUUGUGAUAUUAAAUAAGUUUUCGGAAAUGAUUUUUAUCCCGUGUAUAAAAGAUACAACAAUUUAGAUUUAGGAUUUUUUUCAAAAUAAUUGAAUGUCAAGAGUGUAUAUAUAGUUUAUAUUUAUUUUUUGGCAUAUGGUGAAAUUUUUACUGUCAAGUUUUGUAUUUUAGCACAUUGAUAAUACAAAUAAUAUUUUAUUUAAA